CCUAGUAUAUCUUUUCACUUAAAAGCGAAAAGAGAACUCAACAAAGCUAGUAGUUCAAGCAUAUAUAUACACAUACUUCAUCUUAGCAGCAAGAAGAAGUAACAAGAAAGAAAGAAAGAAAGAAAGAAAGGAAGAAAGAGAGAGAGAGAGAGAGAGAACCAAAGUUUUGAGUAGAGGGCUGGGAGUGUUAAAGGGAGAGGGGUUAAUAUAGAAAGAGAGUGUUCAGUUCUCAGGCAAGAUAGGUUACGGUAUCAACAACGAAGGGGGGUGUAGGGGGGUGGGGUUGGGGCCAAGUUAUGCGAACGGGAGCAGGUAGUGCAGUGCAACAGACCCUCACAAAUGAGGCUGCUUCAGUGUUGAAGCACUCUCUUAGCUUGGCCAGGAGAAGAGGCCAUGCACAGGUCACUCCUCUUCAUGUGGCUGCCAUCUUGUUAAGCUCAAGAGUAAGUCUUCUUAGAAGGGCUUGUCUCAAAUCUCAACCAAAUAAUUAUUCAUCUCAUCCGCUUCACUGUAGAGCUCUUGAGCUAUGCUUUAAUGUGGCACUUAAUAGGCUUCCAACCAGUGCUGGUCCACUCCUUCAUGGCCAGCCUUGUUUGUCUAAUGCUUUAAUUGCUGCACUCAAAAGAGCACAAGCUCAUCAAAGGAGAGGCUGCAUAGAGCAACAGCAACAGCAGCAGCCACCUCUUUUAGCCAUUAAGGUUGAGUUAGAGCAGCUCAUCUUGUCCAUUCUAGAUGACCCUAGUGUUAGUAGGGUUAUGAGGGAAGCUGGUUUCUCUAGCACUGCCACUAAAAACAACAUAGAGGAAUCAGCUUCUUCAGUCUUUCACUGUUACAACAAUAGCUCCGGCGGAAUUUACUCAACACCGAGUUCUCCUCCCCCUCCUACUACUGAUCAGAAAAAUAAUCCUAUUAAUAGUAAUUUCUGGAAUUCUUCCCAAAAUCCUAAUAAUUUUCUCUUUUCUCCUCACAAGUUCAUUAAUACACAAACAUCAGAUGUCAAGUUGAUGAUAGAUGUGUUGCUGAGGAGUAGUAACAACAAGAGGAGAAACACUGUGAUAGUUGGUGACUCGGUGUCCAGCACAGAAGGGCUUGUUGCAGAACUGAUGGGAAAAGUGGAGAGAGGGGAUGUGCCUGAGGAACUGAAAGCAGCUCACUUUAUCAAAUUUCAGUUUUCAGCAGCACCACUCAUGUUGAUGAAAAGAGAGGAAGUGGAGCUGAACAUAUCAGACCUGAAAAGGAAAGUGGAAUCUCUUACAGGAAGUAAUAGGGGAGGAGGAGUCAUUAUCUAUACAGGUGACUUGAAAUGGACAGUUGAUACUACUACUACCCUUGCUCAUGAGAAAGGAAGAGGAUUAUAUGCUAGUUAUAGUCCAGUUCAUCAUCUUGUAGCUGAGAUAGGAAGGCUGGUUUCUUCCUACAACUGCGGCAACAGCUCAUCAAAUGCAAAGGUUUGGUUGUUGGCUACAGCAAAUUAUCAAACUUAUAUCAAGUGCCAAAGGAAACAGCCUCCUCUUGAUAUUCAAUGGUCUCUUCAAGCUAUCUCUGUUCCAUCGGGGGGUCUAGUGUUAAGUCUCAAUAGUACAAGUGUCCAUGAACCAAGGAACCCAUUAUCUCAACAAAUCUUUGAGAAAAAGCCAGUCCCUAGCAAGGAGGAACAAUAUGCACUCACGUGUUGUGCAGAAUGCACCUCCAAUUAUGAAAGAGAAGCUAGAUUGAAGUUUGGCCUUCGGAAAACUUCUAUAUUGUAUUCUAUCACAUGUGACACUAAGGACUCUGACAAGGCUCCAACCUCAUUGCCUGAUUGGCUCAAACCACAUGACAUGGAUGCAACUAACAAGGAUGAUGUGGCUGAGUUGAAAAGAAAGUGGAGCUGGUUGUGCAAAAAUCUUCAUCACGGAAAGCCUACUCAAAGACAAGAAUACAAUGGCAGUGGGGAGAAUUACUCUUUUAAUUCAUUAUACCCAUGGUGGCCUAAUCAGAGCAGCAUAAUAACAGAUUGCAAAUCAAUUUCAUUUAAUGAUCUUCCAAGUCUGAAGACAAAUCAGGGAGCCAGCACAGUGCCAAGGUUCAGAAGACAACAAUCAUGUCAUAUCGAGUUCAGUUUCAGCGACGGGAACUCAAAAAAUCAAUCAUCAGUAGUGAAGUCAAACUUGGAAUCUCUGAAGAUCAGAGAAGGGAAAGAAGUGAAAAUAACACUUUCUCUUGGGAAUUCACAGCUUUCUGAUGUCGGGAACAUCGUUGAUGAAGAGGUGCUCAAAAUGUUGCAAGAGAACUUGCCUUGGCAAAUGAAAAACAUGCAUACUAUUGUGGAUGUGUUGAUGGAUUUCAGCACAAUCAAGAAGCAUAAAAAUUGGUUGCUGAUUCAGGGGAAUGACUCAAUUGGGAAACAAAGAUUGGCUCGAGUGAUAGCAAAGUCAGCAUUUGGUUCUGAUGACUUGCUCUUGUGCAUGAACAUGAAAAUGAGGGAAAAUCAUCAUCAUGUUGAAUUGCUCAAGCAGGCCUUAAGGAAUAAUGAAAAGCUUGUUGUCCUAGUGGAAGAUGAUGAUUUUGCUGACCCAGAGUUACUGAAAUUUCUUAUGGAUGCCUAUGAAAAUGGGAGCUCUACUAGCCAUUUGUUCAUUUUAGCAAGGACUAGUGAUGCCACUCACUGCAAAGAUGGAAGAGAGUGCAACACAGAGUCUGUAAUCCAGAUGAAACUGGUGCUAAGUGAAACGACUCUGAAUCUUGGAUCAGUAUGUGUUGAUCAUAAGAGAAACGCCGAGUGGGAAUUGUCUUUACCUAACAAGUCCAAGAGUCCAAAAAACAAUGUGAUGGAUGAUGUCUCCUCAAUUGCUGCUCAAAAUAGGAAGAUGAAGAAGGAACUCACAAGGCAAUUGAGCUCAAACACCCUUGACCUCAAUAUCAAAGCAGACGAGCUCAAUGAGGAUGAUGAAAAUAAAGCUAUAACUGAGGAUUUUAGCCCCAUUUCAAGUGACUUGACUCGGGAUACAACUAACGAUCAACAUCACCAAAACAACAAUCCACCACUUGGUUUCUUCGACCUCAUCAAGAACCGCCUUGUUUUAAAGCGUGAUUCUUCUCAAGACAAACAAAUGAGAGAGGUGUUCAUGUACAAGAUGAGAAGGUCAUUGGAGGAAGUAUGUGGAAGUAAAAUACUAGAGAGUUUUUACUUGGAGGAAAUGAUGUUGGAGAAGGUAUUUGAGGGGUGUGGUUCAUUUCUCAACAGCUUGUUUGAUGAAUGGCUAAAAGACAUUUUUCAAAGGAGCUUGCAAAUGAUUGGAGAGAAAGAGAAUGUGAGGAUCAAGCUAUGUGAGGUGGUGGGACCUAAAGAUGAGAAUGGAUUCAAAGGCUCAUGUCUUCCAAGAGGGAUUCAAGUUUCAAUCAUGGAUUAAGCUGUCACUUCUAGCUAUAUCAUGUAAUAUUUCAUUGUCAAUGCACCACUCUUGUAACUAGCUAGUCUUGUUUCUUAGUAGAAUGUCUUCUUUGUUUUCACCCCAUGCCAAAGUGCAGCUCUCCAACUUAAAAAUAAUUACUAUUCCCUCCAGUCCAUUUUACUUA